AUGGCCCUUGCCGAUCAGGAUCCUCUCCUCCUCCUCCGGCUGACCAUCUCCUCCGGCAAAGCCUUGGUCCCCUGCCCAUCGGGCGACGCCGGGGCGUCCGAGGUGCCGCUCGCCGAGGCGACGCACCUGCACUUUGCGGGCCACGAGACGGCGCUGCCCCUGACGGUGCCGACGCGCUUCAUCUCCAACGAAAGGGCCGUCGACCUGCGCAGCAUCUACUUUGCCUGGCUCAACCGCGAGCUCGCCAUCCCCGAGUACAAUGCCUCUGCCACGACGCUCAACGAGCAGCUCGCGGCGGCGGCCGACGCCGACGCCGACGAGGACUCGACGGCCAAGGUGCAGAACCUCGGCUUCAUCGAGCGGCUGGAUCUCAUCACCUGGCUCGAGGGUGCCAGCGACGAGAGCGAGUACAUCAAACCGCAGGACGGCGACGCCGCCGCCGCCGCCGCCCCGGCGGCCAAGACCGGGGCCGUCUCGGUCGCGGCCAAGGCGAGGGCGGCCAAGGGCACGCUGGACCCGCGGCUCGCGAGCGUCUACGACGCCGAACGGCGCAUGGGCGACCGCAACACGAUCCUGAGGGGCGUCAAGCCCACGGACUUUUCCCACGUGCGAACGCUCGCCAUCCCCUUCCUCCAGAAGAAGUCGGCGUCGGCGUCGGCCGUCGGCGGGCACGCGGCCCUCUCGUCGUCCCAAAAGGGUCCCGCGCGGCGGCCGGACCCCAUCAUCCUGCUGUCGCCGUCGGCCUCGUCCCUGCUCCGCAUGUCCAACGCCCGGUCGUUCCUCGAGGACGGCAAGUUCGUGCCGCCGGACGCGCAGGCGUCGACGGCGAGCAUGCUCCACGUGCAGCGCGCCAUGGGCUCCAUCGACGCGCACCGGCCGAUCCGCUUCAUCCUCGUCGAGGGCUCGGAGCAGUUCAAGCCCGAGUACUGGAACCGCGUGGUGGCCGUGUUCACGACGGGCCAGACGUGGCAGUUCAAAAACUACAAGUGGAGCAACGCCAACGACCUCUUCAAGCACACGCUCGGCAUCUUUGUCGGCUGGCGGGGCGAGCAGGCGCCGGACAACGUUCGCGCCUGGGGCCACCGCGUGCUCUCGACGGGCGUCGACCGCUGGCGGGGCGGCCUCGGGGACGACGCCUCGCGCUUCAGGGACAAGGAGGUCGUCGAGCAGGUCUGGAAGUCGAUCGAGGCCAGCAUGCGCGGCAGGGGCUGGAGGGCAAACGCCGCGCCGGCGUCGACGUGA